GUUCACUUAUCCGAUUCUACUCUAGAUUCUACCACGGUUUGAAGAUAUGGAAUAUUCCUGGACGGAAUCUUCGGGCCCUUUAAACCUAUCAAGUUAUUUAUCAGUGAUCACAUGUGAUCUACUCGAGUAUCUCCGUAAGGAAUUGAGAUAGUCAAAUAGCUUGCAAUGGAUCGGUAUGCGCCGUGGAUACAGUUAAGAUCUAACUGUGGGGACACCGAGGCUUGAAGAAAUGAUAAGCAGGGCAGGCCAUCAUCUAUCAAUUAUGGAUAUCCAUCAAUCAAUCAAACUACAACUGUGGUCCAGAUGCGACUGACAGUUCACUUGGCUACGUUUUUAGGUAUGAUGAUCCUCCGGCAAUGAUCCUUGAAUAGGUAUAUAAGGUUAAUAAUGAUUACUUUUAGGCAGGUGUUAUGCACCAAAUUUGGAUAUCACGGAGCUAUAUACACCGAAUGAUAGACAAAACUUUUUGCUCGAAUCCAAAAGGUUUGACAGUGCUUGUAGUCGAGAGAUUUUUCCAACUUGGAAUCAAUUACUCAAGACUACAACGUCGUCCUAAAAGGCCAAACAUGGUUUCACAAUCUAGGAUCCAGUACCAGGCAAGCUAUACACUGUGCGGUUUAUACCCGUCAACAUAAGGUCUGCAAGCAAAUGCUAUGCUCUUGUGCCAGGAAUGUCGAGCCAAGCUUCUAUAAGGUAGGUUCUAUAAAACUUCUGGGCGCCGAAUAAGUUUUUGAAUCAGAAAAAGAUUAACGACGACGCAGCAGGCCGAACUUGGCAAUUAUGGUUACGAGAAGUCGAGGCAUGCUCUUUGUAUCAGGACGAAGCAUCAAAAAUGAACCCCUCAGAGCCCCUCAGAGGUGUCAAAGGAGGUAUGAUACCGAGGACUGGGCUCUCCACGUUUUUCUCCAUGGUAUCGACCUGAUUGUGCAAUGUGCUCUGGUCUAUUAGAGAAUGGGCCUUUCAGUCCAUGAAUCCGCUCUCGAUCCAUUCACUCGCUUAAUAUAGCUAUGGGUAUUCAUGUCACAUAAAAAAUUGUCAUGUAGUUUCAAAGUAUGGAAUCAGCCGACGGGACUGCGUCCAAACAAUUCGUCGUUGACUGC